AUGGGAGGCGUACAAGAUGCAAUGUCGGCGGUAGGUAGUGUCGUAUCUGGUAGCUGUGACACGAAUAUGGUCAUUGGUGUACCGAUUGAUGUGGAUGGGAACCAAGAAGCAAUCGCUUGUGCCUUAGCUUCAAGCCUGGGAUGGCUCACUAGAACCGCUCUGGCUCAGGGUCGGGAGCACGUGGAAGUGGCGGUGGAGCUAAUCUUGAAACCAGGCAGGAAGAUUUGGAUUGAGUUUCUGACUCCAAAUAAAAGUCUUUGGGUUAGCUUUCCAUUGAUGAUUCUUCCGAUUCAAUCUACCACCAACUGGAACUCUCCUGUGCUUUUGGUCAUGUUGCCCAAAAUCUCUGUUCUUUUAUCCAUUGUCAUAGAUUAUACCUCAAGCUGUAUGCUUUGGGUACCGGCUGAGAACCAGUGCAGAGCUAUGGAAUCAUUGGAGAUAAGGGAAAGACAUUGGAUUGAGAAAAAGAGAGAAGAAGAUUUACACUAA